GAGGAACUUCUGUCUCAUGGUAUCUUGAAACCGCUGACUGCACCCAUUGAAGGAAUGGUAGUGAAAGAAGGCUCAUGCAAUUAUGUGGCACCCCAGGGCAUGUCCUCGGUUGUCAAGUAUUACUUGAAACAGUCAGGUGCAGAUGUCUUCUAUGAACAGCAUGUAACUUGCAUCUCUCUCCGAGAUGGGAAAUGGGAAGUCUCCAGGAAAAUGGGACCGCCGGAACAGUUUGAUGUAGUUGUUCUCACAAUGCCUGUUCCACAAAUUCUUCAGCUGCAAGGUGACAUUGUAAACAUAAUUAAUGGAAGUCAAAGGCAGCAACUGGAAUCUGCGAGUUACUCCUCCCGCUACGCUCUGGGACUUUUUUAUGAAGCCGGUACACAGAUUGAUGUCCCUUGGGCCGCACAGUACAUCACCGAUAAUCCCUGCAUACGCUUCAUCUCCAUCGAUAAUAAGAAACGCAAUAUAGAGUCUCCUGAAAUUGGGCCCUCUGUUGUAGUUCACACAACUGUGACGUUUGGAAGUGAGCACCUGGAUUCAGACCCUGCAGAGGUGCAGCAGUUAAUUCUCAAUCACCUGGAGAGAAUUGUGCCAUCCCUACCUAAACCAGCCAGCAUCAAGUGUCAGAAAUGGAGAUACUCUCAGGUUACAAAACCUGUGCCAAAUUGUCUGGGGCAAAUGAUUCUUCAUACUCAACCUCUCCUGAUUUGUGGAGGCGAUGGAUUUACUUUUUCCAACUUCAGUGGCUGCAUAGAUUCUGCUAUGAGUCUUGCAGAGGCUGUGAAGUCUCAUUUAUAGCAAUUUCAAAGUCGGCUGCUAAGCUUAAUCUAGAUUUAUGAUGAAUUUUACUAUGAUGGACUGAAUUGUAGUUUAGUGUUAACAUCACUGGCCUCUGUCUUGCAAAAAUAAAUAAAGGAAGACCUAUUGGUGUGCUG